GUGUUUCGGAGAGAGCUCGGAAUUUGGAAGAGGCUGCGACAUUCUAAUAUUUUGAAGUUCAUGGGUACAACUUCGGACUUUGGCACUUCAGUAGCUUUGGUUGCUCCAUGGAUCGCCAACGGCACUCUAACAUCGUUUCUCAAGCAGAACAGUGACACUCUUGCGGUGCUUGAUCGUAUGUGUCUGGUGAGAACUUCAAAUACGUCCAUAGUUCACAAACACCCGGAAUUCAAUCCAGCCGUCCACGGAGAUCUCACUGGCGUAAGACACUUCAUUUAUUCGAUCCUUCGGCAUAUCUUGCAGAUUUUUGGUCUUUCCGGAACUUUGACACAACAAACUGGCAUGACGUACCUCGCGAAGUCGAGCUGCCAUCCAGGAGCAGUGAGGUGGACAGCUCCUGAGCUUCUUUCUGGGGAAGAACCAGCCUCUGCGGUCACCACUCAGAGUGACAUUUACUCAUUUGGUAACAUUUUUCUCCAAGUUCUGACGGGAAAUGUACCUUGGCCUCACUUAAAUCGUGAAGCCGCAAUCUUGCGCAAAGUGAUCUUUGAGCAGGAACUGCAUCCUCGUCCAGAUGAUGAUCGUGUCGCCGACCAGUUCUGGAAUUUUAUGACCCGUUGCUGGUCUAUAGUACCCACCGAUCGACCUUCUGCCGCAGAAGCACUCAGUUUGUUGAUCACGAACUAA